AUGCUGUAUAUUUUUUAUGUUUUUUCUUUAAUUUUCAUUAAAUUUCAAUGUUAUAAAGACAUCAAUAACCCUCGGUUUUUAAAAAUAUAUGAGACUGAUAAUAAUAAAUUAAUAGGUAAAAAUUAUAGAAUUUUAUCAAAGUCCAAAGUAAAUAAGACAAAUAAUAUUGAAGAAUUAGCAAAUAAUUAUAAGCCCCUAUUUGAUGUCUAUGAAAUAUCAGAAAACUUUAAAAAACAAAGAGAUAAAAAAAAAAAUUUAAAGAAAAAAAGAAAAAAAAAAAAUGUCAAUCUGAAUACACUUCCUGUAUUUUUGAGUUCUGGAAUCAAUGAAAGAUUUGAUUUAAACAGUGAAGAGAAAGCAGAUAAGGAAAAUCAAUAUAUAACACGUAAGUUUAAUCAUUAUACAAUUGUGACAAAUUCGGAUGAAUUGCUGAAAGAUAUCUCAAUUGAUGCAUCAGAUAUAUCUAAGCUUAGCAUAAACAGUUUAAACAUACCAUAUAAUGAAAACACAAAAGAUUUAUUUACUCACCAAAGACAUAUAUUAAUAGAAAAUAAAGGAAAACAAAAAUAUAAAAUAGUUUUAAUGACAAAAGAUCAUAAAUUUGUUGAUUUAAAUAAUUCAUCUCCUCAUGUAAAAGCAAAUUUUAUUGAAAAAGAAAAAGAUAUUGAAGAAGAAAAAAAUAUUGAAGAAGAAAAAAAUAUUGAAGAAGAAAAAAAUAUUGAAAAUUUAUCAAAUACGCAUACUAAUUUAUAUGAUGGAUUUGGAAAACUACAUUUUGAUAGUGUUUCUAAUAAUAAAAAAGAAAAUAAUUCUGUUAAAGAAAAGGGUAAUGAAAAAAGAGAUAUUCACAAUAACAAUAAUAAUAACAAUAAUAAUAACAAUAAUAAUAAUUCUCAAGGUGUCUUAAAAAAAGUUUUAAAUUUUUUAAGUUUUAGAAGUGAUCCUCACGAUAAUGAAAAUCCUUCAAAUGGAACUACAAAUAAAAAUGAAAAUAAUGAUAAAAAAGAGGAUUUAAAUUCUCAUAAAAAUAAUGAAAAUGUUAAUGAAAGUCAAAAUGAUAGUACUGAUAAUACAGGUAUUAAAAACUCAAGCAUUGAAAAAUUAUUAGAUCAGUACCUGCUAAAUUUAAAAAAUCAAAAUUCUAAAACACAAGAGUUAAUACUUGUGCUCAAAGGAGAAUUAGAUUUACAUUCCACACAUAUGAAAAAUAUUAUAUCAGAGACAAAAAAUAAGCUAGAAAGCUACAUAAAAAAGAAUUUUAAGGAUGUAGAUAAAAUUUCUUAUGAUAUAUCAUCCCCAAUAAAUUUUAUAUGUUUUUUUGUGCCAAACGUUUUUAAUAUGAAUAAUUUGGAUUUAUUAAAAGAAGCUUUAACUAUAGUUCAAAACGAAUUAAAAGAAUAUACUGAAAGCUGGAAUUUUUCUAAUACAUAUACAGUUGAUGAAAUAAAUGAUAUAAAUGAAGAAGAAAAUAAAAACAAAAAGAAAAAAAAAUAUAAAAAAAAAAAAAAAAAAUUAUAUGAAGUAAAAUAUUCUUUUUUAAAUAAAUUUUUUAAUUUAAAUUCAUUAUUAUCACUAGCUGGUAUUGGUAAAAAUAAAUCCUCAGAUAUUGAAAGAGAAAUAUUAAGUUUUUUACCAAAGGAAUUAAGAGAUUAUUCUACAUGGAAUUUAUCCAUAAUAAGAGUAUUUAAUGCUUGGUUUUUGGCAGGUUAUGGAAAUAAAAAUAUAAAGGUGUGUAUAAUAGAUUCAGGUGUUGAUUUACAACAUGUUGAUUUAAUUAAAAAUCUCUAUGUUCCUAAAUAUGAUGAAAGAUAUGAUAUGACAGAAGAAUUUUAUGAUUUCAUGGUUGAACACCCAAAUGAUUCAACUGGGCAUGGAACUCAUGUUACUGGAAUAAUUGGUGGUGAAGCAAACGAUUUAGGUGUAGUUGGUGUGGCUCCUAAUGUCACUUUAAUUUCACUACGUUUUAUUGAUGGUAAAAAUUUUGGAGGUAGUUUCCAUGCAAUUAAAGCUUUAAAUGUUUGCAUAAUAAAUAAAACUCCAAUUAUUAAUGCAAGUUGGGGAUCUAAUAAAUUUGAUUCUAAUUUACAUUUAGCCGUUGAAAGAUUAAAAUAUACAUUAAAUGGAAAAGGAAGUGUUUUUAUAUCUGCUGCAGGAAACAAAUCUAAAAAUAACGAUAUUUAUCCAUUAUAUCCUUCUAGCUUUAAAUUACCUCAUGUAUUAAGUGUUGCAUCAAUAAGUAAAAAUUUAGAAAUAUCUUUAUUUUCUAAUUAUGGAGAAAAUAGUGUACAUAUCAUGGCACCAGGGUAUCAAAUAUAUUCUACUAUGCCUAAUAACUUAUACAAAUUAAAUACAGGAACAUCUAUGGCAGCUCCUCAUGUAUGUGGUGUUAGUGCUUUAAUAUACUCUGUCUGUUAUAAUCAAGGUUAUAUACCUCAAGCAGAAGAUGUCUUAGAUAUUAUAAUUAGAACAUCAAUUCAUGUUGUAUCAAGAGAAAAGAAAACAAUUCAUGAUGGUCUGGUGAAUGCAGAAGCAGCUGUAUUAACCACUUUAUUAGGGGGUUUGUGGAUGCAGAUUGAUUGCCAUUUUGUGAAAUUUUAUUUAGAUAAAGGAAAAAAAAAACACAUACCAAUAGUAUUUUCAGCUUAUAAAAAAGGAAUAUAUGAAACAAAUAUAGUCAUAGCAAUUAUGUCUGCUGAUAAAUCUUCUAACGUUUAUGGAGAAGUUCAUAUUCCUAUUAAAAUAAUAACAGAUUCGAAAUUUCCUAAAUUUAAAGAAUCACCAAAACUUGGUAAGAAGUAUGUUAUUGAUUCAAAUGAAGCCAAGCAUGAUGAAUUGUUAUCUUAUAUUUGUGAAAAUUCUAUAUUUAAUUUGCAAGAAUAUGAUGACAACUAUCUUAUUGUUAUAUUAAUUGUUCUGUUGUCAGUAUCAUUUAUAUCCGUGUUAGUAGGAACUAUUUAUUUUAAAAAAAAAGUACAUAGGAAUUCAGAUGAUAAAAAUAAUGAAAAUUUUUAUGAAGAGAAAGAAGUUCAAAAUAACUAUUUGGAUACAAGUAGCAAAGAGAUUGAGGAAAAUAACAAAAAUUUGAUGAAUAAUAAUAACAAUAAUAAAAAAAAUAUAGAUGAAAAUUUAAAUGAAAAGGACAAAAUUAAAAAUGAAAAAUCUCAUUAUUUUCAGGAAUCAAAACAACCUCUAUUAGAACGUGAUGAAAUUAAAAUUUCAUCAGGUGAAAUUAUUAAUUCACAUGAUAAUUCCCAUAUGUUUAUUGUAGAAGACUAG